AUGGGCUUCAUUGAACUUCUCUUGGAGAAAUUCUCCAUCACGAGGUUCUUCCUCACCACAGUCGGCGUGUGGACAGCUAUAUUCAUCGUCGGGCGCAUACGAGAACACCAGAAAAUCAAGAGUCUCGGCAGCUACGGCCCUUCUUUAAAGCCCCUUCUCCCGUUUGGACUGGAUUUUAUCUACUACGGAGCUCGCGCCACAUUUCGCCAACAGACCUUUGCGCUAUGGAGAGACGUCCUCUUUUCCCAAUUCUGGACCAUCGAGAUGCGUGUCCUAAACGAACGAGUCUGCUUCACCGCUGACCCCGAGAACAUCAAAGCUGUGCUGGCAACUCAGUUCCAAGAUUUCGGCAAGGGGAAGCGGUUCCACGAUGAGUGGUACGACUUCCUCGGCGACAGCAUCUUCACUAUCGACGGUGCUCCCUGGCACGACACCCGGCAGCUUCUGAGGCCGCAGUUCUCCAGAGACCGCGUGAGCGACUUGUAUUGCUUCGAGAAGCACGUGCAGCUCGUUGAUCUCUCCCGGGCUGAUGGACGGCGUGUCGACAUUAAGGAUCUCUUUUUUCGGUUUACGCUCGACGCCUCCGCUGACUUUCUGCUGGGCACUGACUUUAAAUCUCUAACAAACCCUCAGCACACCCUGAUGAACUCCUUCAACGAAGUCCAACGCAUCCAAAACAUCAUGGUCCGCACUCCUCUGAUGGGCUGGUUCAUCUCCAAAGAGCCCUUCUACUCCGGCAUCAGAGACAUCGAAAACCUCGUCUACCCCAUCAUCCAGCGCGUCCUGAACAUGACCCCAGACCAACUCGCCGCACAUACAAAAUCCGACAGGGACUACACCCUUCUGCAUGAACUCGCCGGCUUCACCCGUGAUACCAAGCUUAUAAGGGAUCAGAUCUUCGCCAUCCUGCUGGCCGGCCGCGACACCACCGCCUCGACCCUGUCGUUUGCCAUGUAUGAGCUGAGCCGUCACCCAGAAGUAGUCACUCGUCUUCGCAACGAGAUUCUCGCCACCGUCGGCACCCACCAGCUACCCACCUACGAGCAUCUCAAGGACAUGUCCUAUCUCCGCGCCGUCCUCAACGAGACGCUCCGUUUAUAUCCCCCCGUCCCAUUCAACGUCCGCGUCGCCCUCAAAGACACGACCCUCCCCCGAGGCGGCGGCCCCGACGGCACCUUACCCCUAUCCGUCCCCCAAAACACUAGAGUCGGAUACUCGACCCUCGUCAUGCAGCGCCGUCCCGAUCUCUACCCCCCCAUCUCGGAAACUUUUGCUGACCCGGCCAUCUUCAGCCCCGACCGCUGGGCUGUCUGGCAUCCGAGGCCGCACGAGUUCAUUCCCUUCAACGCCGGUCCGCGAUUCUGCCUCGGUCAGCAGUUUGCGCUUACGGAAAUGGGAUACACGCUAUGCCGCAUUUUUCAGCGCUUCGACCGAGUGCAGAGCUUCAUGCAUGAGAUUGAUGGCGGCGAGCUGCAGUUGAAGACGGAUAUUGUGCUGACUCCGGCGCAGGGGGUGCAUGUUGCCUUUUGGGAAGCUAAGAAUGACAAAUGA